AUGAAGAAAGGUAGAAAAUAUUGGGUUCAAGGCAAUGUUCGGACCUUAUUGGAUAAUGGUGGCGAUUAUAGUGGUAAUAAGGAUUAUUUUCCUUUUCCAAAAACAUGUGGUCCAUUUAGAAAGGUUGGUGACCAACAUGAUCAUUAUUUGUCAUUACUUAUGCUAAGAUCCGAAUCACGCCUUCAUAGUAAGCUAACUGUAACGAACCUCGCUGUAGAGACUAUGUUUUUGGUUUUUUGGAUUAAUGAUUUAAUAAUGGCAAGCGCCAUAACUUAUUAUGGAAAGUUAUUAUCAAAAUUAUCAAAGCAACGUAUGACUUUAGCGGAAAAUGAAAUUGAAUUGCGUCAAAUUAAAAGGCAAUUUAAAGUUCAUUUACAAAAUGUAAUUUUUUUUAAAAGCUUAAAAAAAUCAUGA